ACUCAGAGAAGCUAUGAACUACGCCGAGCAGGGCACACAAGAUGAACAGGUCAUAGUGGAGAGUUUUGACCAAACGUGAUCCACCUGGAGGAGGAACCGGCAAGCCACUCCAGUAUCCUUGCCAAGAAAACUCCAUGGACAAAGACAGCAGGCAUAUAAAAGUUAUGACGCUGGAAGAUGAGCCCCUCAGGUCGGAAGGCGUCCAACAUGCUACUGGGGAAGAGCGGAGGGCAAGUACAAGUAGAUCCAGAGCUGAUGAAGCGGCUGGGCCAAAGCCGAAAGGACGCUCAGUUGCGGAUAUGCCUGGAAGCGAAAGGAAAGUCCAAUGCUGUAAAGAAAAAUAUUGCAUAGGAACCUGGAAUGUAAGAACCAUGAACCUGGGUAAGUUGGAGGUGGUCAAAAAUGAGAUGGCAAGAACAAAUAUUGACAUCCUGGGCAUCAGUGAACUAAAAUGGACGGGAAUGGGCGAAUUCAGUUCGGAUGACCAUCACAUCUACUACUGUGGGCAAGAAACCCGUAAAAGAAUUGGAGUGGCCCUCAUAGUCAACAAAAGAGUGGCGAAAGCUGUACUGGGAUGCAAUCUCAAAAAUGAUAGAAUGAUCUGGAUACGAAUCCAAGGCAGACCUUUUAACAUCACAGUAAUCCAAGUUUAUGCACCAACCACUGGUGCUGAAGAAACUGAAAUUGACCAAUUCUAUGAAGACUUACAACACCUUAUAGAAGUGACACCAAAGAAGGAUGUUCUUCUCAUUAUAGGGGAUUGGAAUGCUAAAGUAGGGAGGCAAGAGAUAAAAGGAACAACUGGCAAGUUUGGCCUUGGAGAUCAAAAUGAAGCAGGGCAAAGGCUAAUAGAGUUCUGUCAAGAGAACAAGCUGGUCAUCACAAACACGCUUUUCCAACAACACAAGAGACGACUCUACACAUGGACAUCACCAGAUGGGCAGCAUCGAAAUCAGAUUGAUUAUAUUCUCUGCAGCCAAAGAUGGAGAAGCUCCAUACAGUUGCGUGGCAAAUCCCCUCCCCCAUCUAGAGGCUUCUUUGAGCUGGAAGCUGUACAAAGGACUGGGAGUUCAACCGAAGUGAAUGGAAAGAUAGCUGAGAUUAACCAGACGCUUAAUUAA